AUGGCGAGAAAGUUUUGCGAGCUCUUUUUCCUCGUGGUCCUGUGGUACUCCACUUUUGUGCCCCGGUGUUUGAGCGUGUACCAGCGGCGAGAUGUUCUGGAUAAAGGCGGUAAAUACUCGUUGGGAUGGACGGUGGACGUGGAGGAAAAAGUCGUGGUGUUUUCCGUUGAAGUUGAGACGAGAGGUUGGAUAGGACUGGGGCUUUCUCCUCACGGAGGUAUGCCUGAAUCAGACAUCGUCAUCGGAUGGGUGGAUGGAGAAGGCAACGCCUUUCUCACGGACCGUUACGCUACAGAGAACGGUGCCCCGGCAGUAGACACCACCAGCCAGGAUUGGGUCCUACUGUCGGGGUGGGAGAAUGACACCCACACUAGUCUCAGCUUCAAGAGGCCGUUCGACACAUGCGACACACAGGACAGAGUCAUCGAGGACGGGACUUCGCGUGUGAUCUUUGCGUGGAACGACGCUGACCCUGUGACGGACGUCGGCCCGUCCUACCAUGACGCUAACCGCGGGGUCAAGUCCGUCUUGUUACUGGACAAGGACCCUGAACAAACCCCGCUCCCGGACAACGUGCUGACACUGGACAUCGUGGUCCCAAAAGUUCACGUGCCUGCAGAGGACACCACGUACUGGUGCCAGUGUUUCAGACUGCCGAUGGUCGGGAGGAAGUACCACGUGGUCAAGUGGGAACAGAUAGUCCAGCCUGGGCACGAGAGCCUCGUCCAUCACACCAUCGCGUAUUUCUGCCCGCCCGGGACGAACGAGUCUCUGGUGGGGCUGGGGGAACACUGCUACGGGCGGAGGUCCUCUACCGGAAUGGGAGAGCACUGCAACUCGCAGAUCCUGGCCGCGUUUGCAGUUGGUGGAGGGCCCUUCACCCUCCCGACUGACGCUGGCCUGCCUCUCGGGGAAGACGGCGCCCCCAAUCUGAUCAUGCUGGAAAUGCACUACGACAAUCCGGAAUUACGUAACGAUUAUUACGACAGUUCUGGAGUCCGUAUUUACUACACGACCGACUUGCGGCGGCAUGACGUGGGAGUAAGUAUUGUUUUCGGUAGCGCAAAUAGUGUGUUUGUGUCGAAUCUGUUCUGGGACCUGAGGAAUUGGGACAUUAGAAAUUUCAAGAAAAUGGCGGCUCGCGACGUUGACUCCAUCAAGGUGAUUGGUGGAAUUCUUCACUCCCACCUCGCGGGCGUGGCCAUCCGGGCACGUCACUUCCGGAGAGGGGUCGAGCUUCCGCCAAUAGCAGAGGACGAGACAUACGACUUCAACUUCCAACAGACAAGAUACCUCCGUCAUCCGGUGGAGAUUAGAAAGGGAGACUACAUUGUCACGGAAUGUGACUACAAGACCAGGAAGCGCCCUCGUGUGACCAUUUCGUUAGAACGUUCUCCCCCGCUGCAGGGCGGCCUGCCCACGUACCGUGAGAUGUGUCUGGCCUUCCUCAUCUACUACCCCCGGCUGGACCUGACGCAGUGCGUGUCCAUGCCGACAUACGCCGCCACACUGCGCUUCGCGAGCGUCGAGACAGUGCGUGAGGGUUAUUACGGUCUGGUAGAAUCCCCGUCCGAUCUGGCGGGGAGGUCCAGUGUGUGGAUCAUGAACAACAUGAACUGGACGGCCGGGCUGGUGCGGCAGUUCCAGGACCACGCUCUGCGGGCCAACCACUACUUCUUCUGCGAGGACCAACACAACCAAGUCCCGAUUGGCCAAUGGCCGCGGGGAGAAGAGAGAGCUCCCAUACCAAUGACCCGACCUUUCCAACCGAAGACCAGCGCCUGUCAGGUCUACGCUAGUGGAGGUGAGGCCGCCGCCAACCGGCACGUCUGUCCGUUUCUCACCCUGGUGUUGAUAACGUUCCGUACUGUGGUGAUGCUACUCACCGUACUGUGAUGUCUCCGCCCCUGGGGCGUUGCCAAAAUUAGCAAACAGUUCCAGUGUCAUAAGAUGGCCAUUUAGAAAGUGAAAGAUGGUCGAUUGUGCUUUUGCAUAACCGUUCUUCAUAAUCUGUUCUGUCAAUGCUGGCAGUAUAAAAAUAUGGCAAAUUUUGCUUUAGAUGAAGGGUUUACUAUAUUUUAAAGGCGUCUUAAUUUUGAAGAAUCUUUAAGGAAAAGUAUGAUGGGAUGGGAAGUUCUAAUUGUUUUAAAGACACCUUUAUACAUUUACUUACUAUAUAUACAACUUUAUAAAUACCAACAUUAGUUUACAUCAGAAUCUUCUCACUAACGGUUUAUAAGUGUUGGGUAUUUAGAAUAAGUUGUAUGGUCAUAGUUGGAAAAUGAUGCAUACGGAUGCUAUGCAGAGUAUCCUCUGAAUGGUUCUAAGAUGACAAGUUUGGGAUGCGGGUACAGCGGCACUAACACUGAUAUAGAUUCUGAAGUUAUUCUGAAGUAUUAUAAGUAAAAACCUUGUGACAACCACCGUAGCAUCACAGUUGUACAAGAUUAAAAGAAAUGAGGAAGCAAUAAAUGGACACAAGUUACACACGGCUCUACCAUGGAGAAAGCUACGUGAUAUUUCAAUGACAACACUGCCACUCCAUGAGUUUAUAAUUAUCACAAUAAUCCCAGCAUUAAGAAAUGUACGAUAUUAAUACAUCAAUCUAUUCGAACAGAAUGUAAAAAAGUCCAUGAUUUUAAAGCGUUAACCCCAUUGCUACAAUUGUCUUUAUCAAUCUAUACAACAAAACUAUUGCGUAUCCAGGUCAAAUAUAUCAACAUUUUCUCUGUCGUCAUUUGUAGAAGCUGUCACGUCAUUUAGAGACAAAUGUUAUUUGUAGUUAGAAGAGCAUUUCACAAUGUAGAAAUACAAUACAGCAUUGUACAAACACAACGCGGCAUUGUCCUGACAUACAGUCAUAACUUGGACAUCCAAGAUAUCUAAAGGUUCAGAAAAGGAUAUUCACAGAUAUAUUACCAAAAGUGUACUGAACAACCACAAAUCGGUUGGUAAAACAAUAUCUGCUACAGAUAAACGUUACAAAUAUGGAGGAAAAUACCCUGGGUGCCAAACUCGUUUUGGGCCGCUACAACUAUAGGGCCAGCCAAAUUCUCCUCGGGCUCAACUCCCCCGUAGCAGUA